AGUGAGCGCCCGCUCGUCGAAGAGCAGGUGACGGACAACGGCCUCGAAAAGUGCUUCAAGCUUUUGAGUGAGCAAUAUUCAUUUGAGUCGAUGCUGUAAAGGAAGACAGAAGGCCAGCCACAGUUCUCAAACUAUCAUGAGAGUUUGUCAGGCAAACUCCAACGAGCUAAUUAUUUAACUGCCACGCUCAACUCAAACAAAAAGUCAGGCCAUGGGGACCAAUGUACGACCUGUGGCCUUAUAUAAAUAAAAUGGCUCAAUAACACUCGUUUCAUUCAACUCGCCUACGCCGGAGCGGAUGAAUUUAAGACAAACAAACAAACAAACAAAAGAUGAGAUUUCUCGUCAUUGCGCUCAUUUUGCUGGUUCAAGCAUGCGGGCCGCUUCGGGCGCAGACGCUGGGGCCGGAUGCCAGCGAGUCGCCGGGAGUCCUGCAAAGACUGCUUGACAAGGCUCGCGCGGCCAAAGAGAAGGCAGAGACGGUGAGGGACACGGUGAUGGGCUUUGCGAGCGAGUACUACGACGAACACAUCCAGCCGACGGUGGACAGCUACAGCCGAUGGGCGGCAGGUGUCAGCGACGCGGCCAGGGAGAAGAUCCUGGACUACUUGCCCUUCUUUGCCACCAACACCAGCAGCCAAGGAGCCAUGUAACAGCAAAUGUUUCAUAAUUAAAGCAACAACACAAA